CUUUAAAUCAUUUAUCAGUUUAAUUAAUUCAAUGCUAAUUGCUGUGUCUUAUUUACUCAUCUUGAUCUCUGUCUUUCCUCUGGGGUGUUUUCACAGCUAAGACUUUCACACUUUUUUGUACUUUACACCUCACCAGUUUACUGACUCAUUUUUUUUUUUUUGAGCUGAUACUUUCUGAAUGCUGCUGAAACUUGUGAUGGGCAAAACAGUUCGUUAUGCUCAACAUCACAGAUGGUUUAACCAGUCUUACAUUUUGGUUUAAUUCUUUUUUCUGUAUUUAUUUUUACCCCAGCAUAACUACUUAGCGUUUGAUGCAGAUUGUCAAAGAUGUUGAACAUCACAGAAUCCAGCACAACAGAAGAGUAUGAUUACUCAGAGAUUACCUUUAGUGAGCCGUGUCAUUAUGGAGACCAUGCAAGCCGUUUCCUCCCGGUUCUCUACUCACUGUUCUUCGUGGUCGGCCUCCUGGGCAACAUGCUGGUGCUGUGGGUGAUCCUGAGAGGCGCUCAGAUAAAAAGCAUGACUGAUGUGUCUCUCCUGAACCUGACCAUCGCUGACCUUCUACUAGUCUUCACUCUCCCCUUCCUGGCUCACUAUGCCAGAGAUACCUGGGUUUUUGGUGAUGCCAUGUGCGGGCUGGUCCUCAGUGUUUACUAUAUUGGAUUUUAUGCUGGAAUUUUCUUUAUCGUGUUGAUGAGCAUCGACCGAUACUUGGCUAUUGUCCAUUCUGUGUGUGCCUUGAGAAUCCGUACGAAGACUUAUGGGAUUGUAGCUAGUAUGGUCAUCUGGAUUCUAGCCAUUAUAGCCUCAUUUCCUGAGCUAUUGUUCCUUGGAGUCGAAAUUUAUAGCAAUGAAACAGUGUGCAGUGCUUAUCCGAAAAAUGCAAGUCACAAUGAAAUGAGAAUUGCAGCUUUCUUUAAAAUGAAUAUUUUGGGUCUGCUAAUUCCACUGAUUUUUGUGGGAUAUUGCUACUUGAUGGUGCUACGGAGGCUUCAGACCCUUCGUACAGCCAAGAAAUUGGCCAUUCGUCUUGUUAUCGUGGUCAUGGUGGUCUUCUUCUGCUGCUGGACACCGUACAACAUUGCAGCUUUCCUCAAAGCACUGGAGCUAAAGAAAAUCCUUCCUCUAACGUGUCAACUCAGCAAAAAUAUCCAGCUGACGCUGCAAGCCACCGAAGCCAUAGCGUACUCACACAGCUGCCUCAAUCCGUUCCUCUAUGUGUUUGUGGGGGAAAAGUUCAGGAGGCACCUCGCCAGGCUCCUGCGCCAGACACCAUGUGUCCAAGUGCAGUGUAUGAAGACCUACAUGACCCGGGCCGCAUCAUCUGUGUAUUCACAGAGCACAAGUGUGGAUGAACGUGGCACUGCCUUGUAAAUGGUAGCGAAUUUCAGAGAAACAUGAUAUCUUAUUUUGCAACUCAUAUAAAUGCACCUUCAAUUUAUAUGUACUUGUAAAAAUAAGAUAAAUUAAAUUUGCAUGUUCCCUGUUUUGAAGUACAGUAUAGAUACUUGUGUAAUACCAUGCUCUGUCUACUAAAAAGACCUUUUCAUCCUGGUGUCUCACAAAUUACAUGCAUAGUUAUUCAGCAGAAAAGGAUCUUAGUUUGGUGAAAAGAUUUGAACAGAACCAUUUUGUCCAAUCUAGUGGAAACCCCUUUAAUCCUCUAAAUUUACAUAUUGUAUAUAGGUACGAUUGUUAGAUUUUGUACGGAUUCAUGUAUUUAAAACCAAACAUCUGUUAACUGUGUAUGCAAAACAUGUAAGUUUAUAUGAAUCCACCUGAAUGUUCCUUCAAGUUGUGUUGAAGCACCUUUUUUAUGUAAGUGCAGGCUGUGGAAUAAAAACAGGACGGUUUGAUAAUUACAUUGUAAUUCCAUUGAGUCAGUUUGGACAUGUUAAAUGUAGCUGGAAUUGAAAUAGAGAUGGCGAGUUGCCAGUUUGUCCAUAAUGCAGGAUUUACAUAUGGUCAUUUCAUAAAGUGCAGCCUUUCUCUCAUUUGCAUAUAGUCUAAGGAUGAAAAUGGAAAGGAAAAGAAAAGGUUUUAUUUAUCUGGACAAAAGUAUAUGGACACCUGUCCAUUAGGACCCCUAUGUUCUUAAUUCCCCAACCCCUCCCACCACUUUCUGGGAAGGCAUUCCACCAGAUGUUGGAACAUGACUGAGGGUAUUUUCCCAUUUUGCUUCAAGACCAUUAGUGAAAUUGGGCACUGAUGUUGGGCAAGAAGACGUGGCACUCAUUUAUUCAUCCCAAAGGUGUUCAUUUAGGUCAUGGGACCUUGGGUUAUUCCACACUAGUCUUGGAAAACCAUGUCUUUAUAGGUUCCAGUGAAAGAAACUUAUAAUAAUUGUAUGCUCUAAGACAGGGGUAUCAAAGCUUAUCCUGUCAGGUUGUAGGUUUUCAUUCCAACUGAGCAGAAGCCACACCUGAGUCUACUGAAAGCCAAGAUCAGUUGAUUAAACAGAUGGAAUCAGGUGUGGCCCCUGCUUGAUUGGAAUCAUACACCCACAACAGCACUUUGCAGAUAAGAUUUGACACCCCUGCUCUAAGACAUUCGAGACCAUUCUAACUUUGUGGCAAUAUUGUGGAAGGCUCACAUACAGUAUGGGUGCAAAGGCCUGUAUACAAUUUGGCAAUACAGUGUAUUUACUAAGUGUUCCAUAAUUUGUGGCAUUACAACCUGGAACUGAAACAGACAUAACUGAGAUAUUAGCCCAAUUACCCCAAUACAACACACUGAAUCAUGGGUGUGGUAGCAUCAUGCUGAUAUUUACCCUUAGCCUAUAUUAUUAAUACUGAAAUACAUGGCAAACACAUAUGUACUAUAGAUUGUAAAAUAAAAAGAAAGAAAGUAGAUGUAAACCCCUAAUUUAGACGUAACUCUUUAGAUGUUAUCAUAAAAUGUAGUAUCAAGAAGGCUGACUACCUGUGUAAAGCAUUAUACAUUCUAUUUGCAAUACAUUCUAUUUAUUUAGUUUACAAAAACAUGAAAUAAAAAAUACAGUAAAGGUUUUAAUACUUUCAUUUAAUAUUCUGCUUGCUAACGCACAGCUUUACUGAGUUCAUCCUUAUUCCACAUGAAAUGCUUCAAAUGAAUGCCUUGUGUCAAUUUUUCAAUAAUUCUCUGAUGCCAUUCUGUGAUUAUUAAUGCAGUUUUGACUCAGUUAUCAUGCUUCAUAUGUUAUCAUUUAGUGAUUUCAGCUAAUACUUUUUAGAAUUUAGAUUUUAUUUCUGAUUUUUUUUAUGUAUUAUGAAAUGAAAGCAGUUCCUGGUAGCUGAUUAACCAUGACUAAAAUAUUUUAUGACUAAAAAUAUAUAUAUUUUUUUUUUUCUCUUUUAUUAUUUGAUGCCUGAAUCUUUGGCAAAUGCUGUGUACAUCUUUUAAUUCUCAUAGACUUCUCAUACACAUUAAUUUGUUGUUAUAAAUGAUGUGUAAAUGACAUGAUGAUUUAUUCAGUUUUUUUUGUUGCCAAAGCAGUUGCAUGUGAAAGCUCUAAUAUUUUACUG